UUUAAGAGUUUUUUUUUUUUAAUUUGCUCGUAAACCGAAAGAUCUGAAAAAUAAUCACUUAGAAUAGGGAGAGAGUCACACAUACGAUAGAUACAUUAGCUGGUGCUUGUCCAUGGCGAUCAAAGCGGGGAGGGUUUUGAGAACGGCUACUGCUGCGGCGAAGAAGUUCCAUCAGAAACAGUUCUCAGCCGCAUCGUCCGCGUCUACUACACCCACACCGCCUAUUUCUCCAUCUUCCGGUGUUGGAUCAUUUCUGGGUAUUCUCAAGGAACCUCGCUCUGAAUCCGAUUUAUUGAUCUCCAAGUACAUCAGACUCUGCCAGGGACGAUUGACGACGAAGAAAGGUGAUUUCACAGAGGAUAAGCUAACGAAGUUGUUGGCUGGUGAAGACAAGAUUGGGAUUGGUGAGACCAUGAAUUUGCUAGAGGGCCGCAAAACUGGGAUUGAAUCUUCUAAAAACAAUGCUCCAUCCAUUGACAAGCCCAAAGCCAAGAAAAAAUAGUUCCUCUGUUUCAUCAGAGUGUUGUACCGCUUCGAGCUUUUGCAUUCUUGGUUUGCAAGUUUGUUUGUUUUUUUUUGGAUUUCAACAAGUUGCUGUAUGAAUCACUAUAUAAGAUCCAAAACAUCAAUUUUAUUA